AUGGUCGGCGUCCCGGGCCGCAGCAGCGGCUGCCACACCUGUCGCGCCCGCCACAUCAAAUGCGACGAGCGUAAGCCCACGUGCCGUCGCUGCGAGAAGUCUGGCUACACCUGCCAGGGCUAUGAGAAGCCCAUCCACUUCCUGAUCCACACUGCCGCCGGCCAAUCAUCGUCGUCCACUUCCUCGGCUGGCGCCACGCCCUCGCCCUCGCCUGUGCCGCUCGCUACCCGCUCAAAGGCCCUGGCCAAGCCUCGCCCUCAACCCCAGCCCCAGCCCCAGCCGCCGCCGCGCCGCCGCGAUGCCCAGGACCAGCGCGUCGCCACAAGGCGGAAGCAGCAGUUCGCCUACUACUUUCCCGCCGUCCCGCAGGAACUCGGCUUGGAUGGAUUUGUCGACGACAUGGCCUUCUCCUUCACCUUUUCAAAUCUUGUCUACAGCAGCUUUGGUCGACCCUGGCUGCAACUGGCCGCCAAAGGUGCCGUUGAUGACAUGUCGCUCUCGGCAUGCAAGGCUCUUGCCCUGGGCUUUUUCGGCAACUCACAGCGUCAGAAGAAGGUCCAAGACAGGGGUGCCGGCGAGUAUGGUGUCUCACUGCGGCUGCUGAUUGAGGAGCUGUCCAAAGUCGACCAAGAGAACGCUGGCAAAUACAUCAUUCCCGUCAUGGUAAUGCUGAUGUACAGCUUCUCCGUGGCCAAAAAGGCCGAUUUUAGCCACCACGAUGGCCUCAAGCAGUUGGUCCUGCUUUGUGGACCCGAAAAGUUUCAGCACCAGCCGUGGCUGAGUGCAUUCGAAGCCACAAGAGAUUUACUGAUUUCGAAAGCUCUCCUCGAACGCAAACGUACCUUUCUCGAGGAGUUUAGGUGGCGGACUACUCCCUGGGCGCUAGAUCCUGCCGCGAAAAGCCCAAGUAACGAACUCAUGGACAUCCUUUCCGAAGUCCCUGGAUUUCUCGAAGACGAAGCGACUUUGAAAACGACCGACGACACCCCAUUACGUAUCGGCCUGUUGACUCGUGUCGAAAAAUGUCUGCAGAACCUCUAUCAUUGGCGCUGGCGCUGGGAAUCGAAGAAUCCGAACGCCGUUUUCGAAGUUACGGCCAAGCCGCCAGGCGACAUGAAGAUGUCCGAAGUCCCCCCAGGCCUGCAGACGUCUCUGCGUUACCAAAAAUGGCUCCAAGCCAACGAAAUAUGUCUCUAUAACGCUGUACUACUGUGGAUUCUGCGAUUUCUUGCGGAACUGCGUCCUACCGCUUUCCCCUACCCCUCUCCCUCACCAUCAUCCCAGCGCUCUUCUCCUGCUGCAUCGCCACAGUCUGCCGAUAGCCCUCAGUCACUACAGUCUUCAGACGAAUACACUUAUCUUCAAGAUCAUAUUCUCGCUAACAUGCCACGAACGCCACUACUCCUCCCGGGUCAGGCCCGCAGUUUACGCCAACCAGCUAUGGAAAUCUGCCGAUCGUUUGAGUAUUUACUGGAAACUUUUGCGAAAUCAAAUGACAUUGCGCUUUCUUGGCUUAUGCCCAUCAGCCUUGCGUACUACGUUCUCCAGGACGACCGAGAUUACGCUCGUUGGGUUCGGAAGAAAGUAGAUGGGUUUGAAGGUAAGGUUGAGCCUCCUUUCUCUUGUUUUGCUUUGAAGAUGAGAUACCGAGACGAUGAAUGCGGCAACUGCCAGCUCAAACGGAGUUUUCGAAAUACAUCAAAGCCAGGGCCAUGGGAGCGCGAUGGCCUUUGUUUACAUGAUCGUUUUCUCACACCGCACCGGUCUGGUAUGUUUGGUUUCUCUCCCCCGAGCAAAGGCUUACCCCGAGCGUCUACCUUUAGAUAUCUGGGCGGUGCUCCAGAACACCAACCCUGA